AAAAGGGUCUCGCCGUAACACUCACCAUGUGAUAUACGUCAUUUGACGCAUUCGCAACCUAGACGCACAUGAUCCGUCCCUAACCUAUACAAAAAUACUAAACAACUAGUGAGAAUGUCACAAGAUGACAAUGAAACCCCCAAAAAUGUCUGUAAGUACUGUGCACACACCUGUGAUCCGUAUCAAAACCCCAGUCUCCAGUGCAAUGGCGAGUGCUCCCAACACAUUCACGUGAGAUGUUUGAAACGUGGUGGAGUACCUGGAUCCCUCAUUGGCGACGUCUUCUUCAGCUUGUACUGCCUGGAGUGCAGCCCACUAGCCGAGGAGACUCUCACCAGGGACAAGAUGUCCUGGUUGAACAUAAUUGUCCUGACUCUGUACAAUUUACGAGAGAAGUCCAAUGGCAUCAGCAAGCGCGGCUACUUUCACUGGAAAUCAGACAUCAGCACAUUUGUGGACAGAAACUGGGAUUAUUUGUUCCAGAAGACUGUUAAGAGGAAGAAAAACUGGAUUGGAACUAUUUCAGGGACGCUUUCGCAUUACAGCACUACUUUUUUCAAGUCCGGAACGAUUGAGCUGGGGGAGUCGGGUUGGUGGAGACUAGUAGAUGUCGAUCCUCCAGAGGUACUCAUCGCCAAGAACAGCAAGAUGAUUGUGGAGAGGAAGAAGCAGCCCCAAGCGAAGAGUAAAGCUGUCUGUGUAAGCCCUCCCAGGUCAGAGUCCAGCCUCUCCAUUGGGGAUGACAGCUGCACUGGGGAGUCUUCUAGAAUUCAGACACCUUCCAUGUUCUCGAGGGAGUAUGUCCAGCCUUCUGAAGUGCUGUCGGAUUAUCUGAUGGCCGAUGAUGAAAUGCCAGAUAUUGACUGCCUAGAUAUUGAAGACAGUGUUGACCUGAAUGAGCAGUCCCCCUCGUUUGUAGAAUUGAUGACUGAAUAUCAAGUAAAAAACACUCCUUUCUCCACCGACACUCAGUACUCCCAGUUAUUCAGUUCUUUCAAUCCAGAAUGGAUGAACCAUAUUCUGAAUCAAACUGCAAAUCCCAAGGAGCCAGAAGUCGGACCGGAGGAAGGUGAGAAUGAUAACGAAAUGACCUGUGACGAUAGCAGCGAUAGUUGUGUAACAGUGGGAGAGCCACCGAAUUCUUUAUUCACUCUCAGCAAUGCUCGUGAGUUGCCUUGGAAGAGGAAGAACAAGUUAAUGCUGAAGAAGAAACAGGAGAAGAUGAGUAACUACGAGAUGUGGUAUCUCCUUCAGAGUGUGAACAAAAAAAAAUUGGAGAUUGCUCCUCCUUCGAUUCGGAGAUUCUAUCGCAAACUAGCCCUGAGAAAGAUCAAACACGACUGCAAUCUCCCAGUUUUGGAUAUCGACAGAUUCUCCCUCGAGUCAGAUAAACAAGACCUGAAAUCGAUGAUGAGACGACGAAACCGAGUGAUAGACAGAUUUUAUAACAACAAUUUCAGCGUUAACUUCGAGCUGAGGCUGCAGGGAAACGUAGAGCCAACAGUCAUUCUCAGUCCUUACACGAAUAGACUUCUGAAGCCUUUCAUAAGACAGGAUAAAGACAGUAAUCCUUUGUGGCUAGGAGUCAUGGAGGAACUAAAAGCGAAAGUACGAACGUUGAAGAGAAAUUUGAAGGUUGAGAUUGAAGGAAGAGGAACCAUUGACUACUGCUACGUCAGACCACAACACAUUCCAGCGAUGAAUAGUCUCUGCAGCCAGUUCUUUUGGCCUGGCAUCGACUUGACAGAGUGUCUACAGUACCCUGACUUCACCUGUGUCGUUCUCUAUAAGAAACUUGUGAUCGGUUUUGCCAUUCUCGUGCCUGACGUUGGGUACAACGAGGCGUACAUCUCCUUUUUCCUCACGAGACCUGAAUGGAGGAGAUGUGGCAUUGGAACAUUCAUGCUUUAUCAUCUCAUACAGACGUGCAUGGGGAAGGAUGUGACACUUCACGUCUCCGUUACCAAUCCGGCACUGAUUCUUUAUCAGAAAUUCGGGUUCAAGAUUGAGGAAUUUGUCCAGGAUUUUUACGACAAGUAUAUGGCACCUGGACCCCGGGAGUCACGACAUGCGUUGUUCUUGAGAUUGAGUAGAUGAUUAUUUGAAAUUGUCAGGAAUUUUGUAUUUUACUAAAAAUAAAUCUAUUUUGUAAUAACAAAAAA